CGACCUAACCCUCACUCUCUCCGAUUCCGACCUCCGAGCCACCGCCUACGAGAUCUUCGUCUCCGUCAACCGCUCCUCCUCCAAACCACUCACCUACAUUGCCAGCAUCGGCCACGCUAAUUCCCCCAACAACAGCAGCUCCAAUGGCGGCUCGAAUACUAAUCUGCAGAGGUCUCUGACGUCGGCGGCGGCGUCGAAAAUGAAGAAGGCGCUGGGGAUGAGAUCCACCAGCUCGAAGCAGAGCCUCGAUUCGGGAAAUUUGGGCUCAGGAGGAAGGUGAAGAAGCCGGUGACAAUUGGAGAGCUGAUGAGGAUUCAGAUGAGGAUUUCCGAGGCCGCUGAUUCGAGGAUUCGUAGGGGUUUGUUGAGGAUUUCUGCUUCGCAGUUGACAUGAGUUCUACGAGGCGAGCGGGUCAAGCGGCAGGAGAGUCAUCUGGAGCGAAACGUCUACGAAAAGGGAAAUCAGUAGACGAUGGGGAGUCGAAUGGGAAGAGGACAAGACUGGCUGCAAAGCCUUCAACAGCUGUUGUUGGCGUCCCUGUACCAGUCAAGAGACCUCAACUGAGGAUCAAGAGGACCACUCGUUUUUUCCAGCGCAUCCUGAAGUCAUUGAACGAAAGGUAGAAGACUGUUGUUAGGCAGCUCGGCUUUGGUGGACUACUCGACUAUGAUGUGGCCUCUGUUCCGGGAACAUUAGCUUAUUGGCUAUUAGAGCAUUUUGACCACCUACGGUGCAGUCUUAUGUUUCCUAAUGGUGUUGAGGUAGUUGUUGACCCGAAGGACGUUGAGCUCAUUUUUGGUUUCCCAAAUGGUGGGAUUACAAUUGAUCGAUGCGAUAGGAACAUAAGCAUCAAAUACCUGGAAACCGUUCCACUUGAUGAGGAGGCUGAUGUGAAUGCUAUGCAGACCAAGGUCCUAGAAACGAAGCUGCUACAAGAAAUUGGGGGGGUCACUUUUUAAGAAAAUAUUCUUGCUAUGCUGGAAACGGCUCUCAUUGAGACCUCCCCUUGUGGCUAUGUCAGACCCCGGAUUGUUGACAUUCUCGGAGAUUUACAGAAGGUGAAAAGCACAAUUGGUGUAAGUAUUUACUAGACAAUCUGUUGAGGACGCACAAGCUAUGGAAGAAUAACAAAUCGAAGGUUUUCAGCGGGCCAGUAGUUUUCCUAGUGGCCUUCUACGUCGAUCGAGUAGUGCAUCGCAGGAGAUGUGUGGCACGUGCCAUUCCUAGAAUAAAGGGGUGGACGACCGAACUAUUGAAAGAGAGAGAGGAAGAUGAAAUGAAAGAAGCUGAUUUUGGCCUUGGACGAGUGACUUCACAGAUGGAUGAGAAUGAAAUGGGUGGUGCAGAAAUGACAACAGGAUUGCAAAGGCCAGCUAAUGAAGAUGUUGCUGAUCCGCCAGAUACUGAUGAGUUUGGUGAACCGCCAGCCACUGAACAUGGUGAACCGCGGUCCACUGAAGAUGUUGUUGAAGAGAGAUAUACUUCGGAUGAAGUGGUGUAUAUGAUGGUGUUUGGGGGGCAACCAAACACAUAGGCGACGGUUUGAAAUGCUGGCCAAGGAAUUAAAUAAAGCUCCUCCAUAAAUCAGGAAGGACAGCUUUAGAAUAACGUGUGACACUCUCCGGAGGGCGUUUAGGUUGUACGAUAAGUACUUUGACCCUGUGGAGUCAAUGACGCAGUCGCAGACUGCCAAUUAUAGUGCAGCGGAAGACUGGUCAGAGUCCUUGAAAUCUCUGUUGGACGCGGCAGAUAAAAUGGAAAUUCUAGAAAACAAGGACGAUUACCCCAGCUUCAGCAUUGGGUUCGAUACCAGCCAGGAUGUUGACGCUAGACAACCUGAAACAGAACCUCAACCUGAGAUAGACAAUGCAGCACAUGAUGAAGAGGGCGAUGCGUUGGAGUACGAGCUUAGGGAGCCAGCUGACCUUUUUUUCAGUGGGGAUGAUGUGGUAUCCCAUGACGGGGAGAGAGAUGACACUGCUGAUUUGGGAGGUUGCGGACUGGAUUUGGUUGCUGCCGGUGACAUUGAAAGAGAGUUUGCUGACAUAGAGCCUUUGGCUAAUGUGCAAGUAGGAACGGUUGUGAAUGAGGAGAAUGCAAUCGACGUGGCUAGUGCUAUUGCGCGUGAUGUUGUGUCGGAGCACGACGCCGUAGACGUAGCCGUUUGCUCUGCCGUGGAAGCAGUCCUGGAGCUAGGUGAUGCUGCUUUCGAAACACAAAUAGAUACGCAAGGAGACUCAGACUCCCUACCGGGAGAAGAGAGUGUGCAGCAUCAACGCGUAUCAGCCCACCAUGGACUCAAGAAGAGAGGGAUUGUUACCAAUUCCUUCUUGCGACACCUUACAUGUGGACGGAUCAUGUUAUUUACGCUGACGAGGUUGUGGAGUUACUAAAAAGAAAUUUAGCUCGUUGAAGCCACAUGAAGUUGUACACGCUGAAGUUAUCGAUGUUUGGGCUUCUUAUCUGAAUGGCAUGGAGGUGCAUAAACCAACACAGAAGCCCAGAAGAUUGUUUGUCAUAACGGCUGCGACAGUUAGUGUACUGUUAAUAUAAUGUACUUUUGAUUUUGUCUACUGACAAUAUGUAACGAUUGCAGACAUACAAUGUGGUUGAACGGAGCUCUAGUUGGGAAAAAUCUGAAGCUGAAUUAACAUUCUGCGAUGAAAUAGAUGGUCAAUUCAACGGCGCUGGAACUUUUGACAUCACACAUUAUGAUUUGAUUUUUUUCCCUAUAUAUUCAAAGAGGCAUUACUAUUUGGUGUGCUUCUCAUUGAAGACUGGGGUUGCGGAUGUGCUAGACCAGGUUGUGCCCGAGAACGGUAUUCCAGAUCGGGCCAAAUAUGGGAGGGACUUGGAUCUACUAAGGCAUUGUCUUGCUUUUUAUCUCAAGUCAAGGGGAUUCGACAAACUGUCUGAGCUCAUAAUCAAGGAGCGUAGCAUGCGCUUGCUGGAAUUGCCAUGGAAGACGACUCAAGCCACUAAUGACUCGGGGGUAAUCCUGAUGCGACACAUGGAGACUUACUUGGGAAACCCGGCCAAUUUAAUGACAAUGGGUCUUCAAAGAGUUAGUGUGAGGCUUCUGCAGAUUCUGAGGGGGAGAUAUUGCAAUGACAUGCUCCUUGCACCGUUCAACGAUUGCAGAGAAAGAUUCUCGUCUUACCUUAGUCAUUACAUCAACAUGGCUCCCAACUUCCAGACAGAUUAUGCGAGGCAAGUUAAUGGAAUGUUGAACAUGGCGCCCCUCAACGAGCAACCCAACUAGCCGGCAAGGAAGAAAAGCAAGGCAGCUUGAGUAGAUUUGGAAUUCCCUAGUUGCUGUUUAAAUGAUAAUUGUAGUUCUUUGGAUAUUGGUAUUCACCUUUAGAUGCUAAUGUUAGUUGUGCAAUACUGGUAAUGGGUAUUUUGUGUCUCUUUAUCCUUUAAACUGAUUAUGAAUGUUUGAUCUGUUUAAAUCAGUAUGAAUACCAAUUUACAA